UUUUUUUUUUCGACUCUUCCAGUUCCCAUACAGUUGUUUCACUUCAUUUUGAGCUUCUCCAUUUCUUUCCACAAAUCCAAUGCUAAUCCCACUUUUAACCACUCCUGCUGCGGUUGUUCGAUGCCAGCAACAAGGCUUACGAUAUGCUGUUGCUUGGGUACCUAAGGAUACUCUUCCGUUCUUAGACUCAGAACAUACACGCUCACGGUGCAACAUCAGGACUCUAACACAGAUCGCACAUAACAGCAACAACAGUAGCAAUAACAACAUCGUCACACAGUCAUUGUCUUCGCCGCCUUCAUCAGCGCAGCCACGGAUGACUUUGCAAACUGUUCAGCGGCGGUCAUUCUAUACUACAAUUGUCUCCUUGCAACAGAGCAGUGGUGGUGCUAGUGCUGCUGCUGUAGAAUCUAGUAACGACGAUAUCUACCUACACACUAAUUCCAAACCCAACCUCAAUAUCAAUAUAAAUACCAAUUCCACUGCCAAUCGCACUCAAAAGCACAUCAAUAGUUUAAAUUUUACAAAAGGCCCCACAGCACCUGUCCGGCAACCUCGACCCAACUUCAUUCGAGACUUUGAGGUACCCCCAGACAUGUCACGAUUACCACCCAAGUUUGGUGAUAACCAGCAUAUAGACAUUGAUGCUGCUGUGUGGGAGCGUCUCAAAUCGGUUGUCGACACUAUCCACCACAAGGCCCCAAUUCGUUAUGCGUUUGCAUAUGGUUCCGGGGUUUUCGCUCAGAAAGGUUACGACGGCAAGAAAAAACCCUUGGUGGAUUUCAUUUUUGCAGUGUCGCAUCCACAACAUUGGCACUCACUUAACCUGCAAGCUAAUCCGCACCAUUACUCAUUUCUGGGCAAACUCGGAAGCAAAGUUGUGGCUACAACACAGGAACAAUUCGGAGCUGGUGUUUAUUUCAAUCCGUUUGUGGAAGUGAACGGCAUGACAAUCAAAUAUGGAGUCAUUUCCCUUGAUACCCUUUGUAAUGAUCUCUUGAACUGGGAGACAAUGUAUGUUUCUGGACGUCUUCACAAACCUGUUAAGAUCUUGAUUGAUGACCCACGGACGAGACUUUCCAACCAGGUCAACCUAUUUAAUGCCACGCGCGUUGCAUUGCUCUCUUUACCCAAAAAAUUUACAUCCGAAGAGCUAUUCACUAAGAUUGCAGGAUUGUCAUAUUUGGGUGAUUUCAGAAUGAGCAUUGGUGAAAACCCUCAUAAAGUACAGAAUAUUGUCCAAGGGCAGCUGGCACAAUUUCAUCGAUUGUAUGACCCAUUGUUGGCCAAUCUGAAUAAUGUGACGACGUUGCGUGAGGGCCAUUUGGAGCAAGAUGAUAGCCCAUUGGUCCGAUCCAGGAUAUUUCAGAAGUUGCCUCCAAAACUGAAGCAAGGAGUUUUGUACCGGUAUCAUUCUGCUUUAUCUAAAGCAGGCGUAGAGAUUGUGAAGGAAGAAGGGCAAGAGAUUCAAUCGGUAGCCACUGCGCCAGACCUGGACAAAUACCUAGCCAAGACGAUCCAUUCAAUUGUACAGAUCCCUGCAAUGAGUCAAUCGAUCAAAGGCAUCGCAACUGCAGGAAUGGUAAAGACUGGAAAGUAUGGCUUUGAAAAGUUAGGAAAGUGGUGGACCCGUGCAAAAUAAUAAUGAAGUGCUUUUUCACACAAGUUAGCUUCAGUAUUACUACCCUAGGAUUGUAACUCGCACAUACACUUCUCUCCCAUGCAUGAUAUUAAUAUAGACGCAAUAAAAAUUAUAAAUGCUUGAUGUCAUGUUUAUCAAU